CGCUCGGUGCUGCAGGGAAGGCGAAGCGGAGGCGGCGGCGGCGGGUGCUGGGCUGACAGGACAAUGGCGCUGCUCCCCUCGGCACGGAACCCCCUGCUGCUGCCCCCGGCCCGAAGGGGGCGCCCCAAGGCCCGAGGAGGGGCCCAGCCCAGCGUCAGUUGUAGCCGCCUUCGACAAAUUCAGAACAUCCUGACGCAGAGCAGCAAAUCCCAGCCAGAUGGAAUACUGUGCAUUUUGGGGAUUGACAGCCGAUACAACGAGGGCUGCCGGGAACUGGCAAACUACCUUCUCUUUGGCUUGUACAACCAGAGCAACAAUGAAUUUGAAAGAUCGGGGUUUCCUGAAGAGGUCCUUGACGAUGUGAUCCUACUAAUAAAGCCAGACAGCGUCCAUCUCUAUUGCAACCCUGUCAACUACAACUACCUUUUGCCAUAUGUAGCAUUCUGGAGAAACUUGCAUUUCCACUGCCUGACUGAAAACGAGUACGAAGAUGAAGAGGCUGCGGAGGAAUUCAAAAUUUCCAGCUUCGUAGACAUGGUCCGUGACUGCAGCCGAAUCGGGAUUCCCUUCAGCUCACAAGGACAUCUGCAGAUAUUUGACAUGUUCAUUGUUGAAAAGUGGCCGAUCGUGCAGGCCUUUGCCCUGGAAGGAAUCGGUGGUGAUGGCUUCUUCACAAUGAAAUAUGAGCUGAUGGAUGUCAGCGUGGACCUGUGGAAAACUUACAGCAAGAUCGAUCCUGUUUCUCUGGAGAGUUUACUUUACGAGGAUUUGAUGACUUUCGAACAUCAGUGGACCAAUUUCUUUGCCAAUUUUGACACUGAAAUCCCUUCUAUCCUGGAGCUGUCAGAGUCACAGGCAGGAGAGCCAUUCCGAAGUUACUUCAGCCAUGGGAUGAUUUCCAGCCAUAUCACGGACAACAGCCCCAGCAGGCAGCCAUUUGUCCUGUUUGGCACCCAUUCCUCAAAAGAGAACCUGAACUCGGGCAACUUCAAUUUCCCAUCUGAGGGGCACCUUCUUCGCAACACGGGUCUUGGCGGAAGCACUGCCAAGCACAUGGUUGUGCAGUGUGUUUCUCCAAAGGGACCUCUGGCUUGCUCCAGGACCUACUUCUUUGGAGCCACUCACACGCCUUACCUUGGCAAUGACAAUGAGAUGGAAAAGAAAGCCGAACAAGUCAAGCUGCUCUCUCAAAUCUAUGCCGCUGCCGUAGAGGCUGUCCUGGCUGGUAUAGACUCCUAUUCAAGAACAUCCAAUACCAGCAAGGCAAAGGAAGUAGCCGAGCAAACGUUCUUCAGUAUUCUCGAUGCCUUUGAACUGGCUUACUUUAAAACUCCAUUGCGCACCAGAACAAAUUUUCAGAUUCAAGCUGUGAACAACCAUGGAAGAAUUAUUCCGCUGGAUAAUGAGGACAGCCUCUACUUAGUGAAAACAGUGUCCAUGACAGUAUAUGACAUUCCUGACUUGCUUGGCGGAAGGGGUUGCCUUGGGUCGGUGAUCUUCUCAGAAUCAUUCCUGGCGUCACAAAUUCUUGUGAAAGAAAAAGAUGGCAGCAUUAGCACAGAAACCAGCUAUGUCAUUCUCACUGCAGCUAUCCCAAGAUCUGUUUCUUGGCUGGUUGAAGAUAACGAAGUGAAACUGUCAGAGAAGGCGCAGCAAAUCCUGAAGGAAGAAGAAUCUUUCCUAGGAAGCUUCCUGACGGGAGGCGAUGGAGCCUAUAUUGCUUCCAGCAAUUCGCUGUGUAGACCAGAGGAAGGUAAGCUCUAUUUCUUCUCAGAGGGCCUUCUGUUCUUCCACCCGCACUACGGAAGCAUCACCAUUUCCAAGGCUCACAUGACAUCCAUCAGGUUCUACGAUGGGGACUCCACGAGUGUUGUUGCCGCUCUCCUUAUCGACUACAAGAGCUCCCUGCUUGCUCACCUGCCGGUCCAGCUCCACACUCCAGGCAACUCUCUGAUGAUCGCGCUUUUCCCAAAGUCAAAGCUUUAUAAAGCUUUCUACUCACAGGUUUGCUCUGCCUGGCAACAGCGGGGGAAUUCGGGAGUAACCUUGAAGAUGACCGAGGAUGGCUGCCUGCCUGUAGAACAGGAGAAAUUGCAUACCAGCAUGCAGAAGCUUUUCACUGUCCUGUCCUGUCCCCCCGGAGAAAGAUGGAGCCAGCUGAGAAUAUCGGUCAGCCUCCCAGAUCUGGACAGAUUUCUACAGCACUUUACGGUCAGCAGCGUAAGCCGUGAGCCAGUGAUGAGAGCCCAUUUGCCAACGUUGCUGCAGCAGUCCAAAGCACUUCCUGGCAACGAGGCAGAGAAUGAUAAGGUGGUGAUCACCAUCUUAACCGGCCUCCCGGGAUGUCGCUCGAGUGAUCUUUGUUCUUUCCUGGUCACUUUUAACAAAGAAUAUGGAAGGUGGCUUGUUUAUCGCCAGACCAUGGACAGCCCUGAAUGUUUCAGUGCAGCUCAUUUCCAGCGGUUCCUGGCAAGCGUCCUUGAACCCCAGCACAGCCGAAGUGCCCGUCUCUCGGCUUACAGUAGGAAGAAAGUGAGGCUGCUGGUGGUUCUGCAAGGAUACACAGACGUGAUUGACGUUGUGCAGGCCCUCCAGACUCACCCAGAUGCUGACGUGAAGGCUGCUUUCGUCAUUGGAGCCAUCAGUACUUGCGUCGAGCCGCUGAGUUGCUACAUGGAACACAGGCUUCUUUUCCCCAAGUUCCUGGACCAGUGCUCACAAGGUUUGGUGAGCAACGUGGUCUUCACAAGCCAUACAGCCGAGCAGAGACACCCACUCCUUGUUCAGCUCCAGAACCUCAUCCGAGCCGCGAACCCCACCGUUUCGUUCAUCCUGGCAGAAAACGGGGUCGUGACCAGGAAUGAAGACAUCGAACUGAUCCUAUCUGAAAACAGUUUCUCGGCUCCACAGAUGCUGACGACUCGCUACUUAACCUACCCUGGCUGGUACGAGGGCAAAUUCUGUGCAGGUUCCACCUUUCCCCCGAUGGUUCAGAUCUGUGUGUGGUUUAACCGUCCUUUGGAGAAAACACGAUUUGUGGCCAAGUGUAAAGCCCUGAAGUCCUCCAAAAAGUCAAGUCCUUUCUCUGGAAACGUGUACCACAUUUUGGGGAAAGUUAAGUUUUCAGAUUCAGAUCGGACAAUCGAGGUCUGCCACAACACCUCGUCCAACUCCUUAAGCCUGGUGCCUGUUCAGGAGGGGCCAACCCCUUUCCCUCCUCCUGAUUCAAGAAACGAUGGCCGCGAUCACAGCGGGCCUCAGGAGUACUUCCUGGUCUUCGUCGGCUGCUCCCUCAAGGAGGACGACAUCAAGGACUGGCUGAGGCAAACUGCAAAGCAGAAACCGCAGAGGAAGGCUCUGAAAACCCGGGGCAUGCUGACCUCGCAGGAGAUCAAGAACAUCCAUGUGAAACGCCACUUGGAUCCUCUUCCAGCUGGCUACUUCUACAACGGGACGCAGUUUGUGAAUUUCUUUGGCGACAAGUUGGAUUACCAUCCACUGAUGGAUCAGUUCAUGAACGACUACCUGGAGGAGGCGAACCGUGAGAUUGAAGAGUACAACCGAGAGCUGGAGGAACUGGAGUACCACGACCUCUUUGAGCAGAAGACCUAAGCGAGAGCCGCCUGUGCCAAAGCACAAAACCCUUGAUGAGAUUGGGGCAAAACGUCAGUGACCAAGAAACGCUUUUUGUCCUUGCUGGCUAACAGGAAAAUGAAAUCAUCCGUUUUUCAACUAUUCUUCUAAUAUUUAGUUUCCAUUCAUGUAAAGUUGGCCUUUUUUCUUUUCUUUUUUAAGAAAUGCUGAUGCACUUCCACGUUAAUGUUGAGCUCUCGGUCCUUGAAUUCUCUUUGGCUUACAGUGGAAAGGAGAUGUGUGGCUUGCUUCUUGUUUUAAAUUACAAAGCUGCAUUUCCUAGUUUAUGAAGCUGGUCCUGACCGUAGUUUUCUGAUGCCCCACAAUUGCCCCUGUCCAAAUUGCCCCUGUGUGUUCCUAAAGCGAGAAAUGGGGGAACACGUGAGCUCUUGAGAGCUUCUCUUAACCAACAUGGUGGUUUUUGGGGUGUUCCUAAAGCGAGAAAUGGGGGAACACGUGAGCUCUUGAGGGCUUCUCUUACCCAGCAUGGUGUUUUUGGGGUGUUCCUAAAGCAAGAAGUGGGGGAACACGUAAGCUCUUGAGCGCUUCUCUUAAUCAGCAUGGUGGUUUUUGGGGUGUUCCUAAAGCGAGAAAUGGGGGAACACGUGAGUUCUUGAGAACUUCUCUUAACCAGCAUGGUGGUUUUGGGGGUGUUCCUAAAGCGAGAAGUGGGGGAACACGUAAGCUCUUGAAGACUUCUCUUAACCAACAUGGUGGUUUUUGGGGUGUUCCUAAAGCGAGAAAUGGGGGAACACGUAAGCUCUUGAAGACUUCUCUUAACCAACAUGGUGGUUUUUGGGGUGUUCCUAAAGCGAGAAAUGGGGGAACACGUGAGCUCUUGAUGGCUUCUCUUAACCAGCAUGGUGGUUUUUGGGGUGUUCCUAAAGCGAGAAAUGGGGGAACACGUAAGUUCUUGAGAGCUUCUCUUAACCAACAUGGUGGUUUUUGGGGUGUUCCUAAAGCGAGAAAUGGGGGAACACGUGAGCUCUUGAGGGCUUCUCUUAACCAGCAUGGUGGUUUUGGGCGAGAAAUAGGGGAACACAAAUGCUAAAGUGAAAGUUGGUGUCACACUUGCAGUUUCUGUGACUGUACCCUUGCUGUAAAACAGAACAUCUGGUCUUCUGUUUGGUACAUUAACAGCAAUGUGUCAGUUUGUUCCAGGCUGAACUAAGAGCCGCAGCCACUUCUUGAGUGUUAAGAGUUCUACUUGAGUAUUAAGAGCACGCCUUUUAGAGCGUUUCCAGUAAGUGCCCAAGGAUGCACAUCUUUGCAGUGUUGGGAAAGUUGCAACGCAUUCAGGGCCAGCUUGGAUAAAUAGCUUACUGCUUUUGGGCAGGAUGGGACUGUUUCCCGUUAGAUUCAUUGGCUGUUGUGUUGGCACGGUUUCUGUGUGUGCGCUGGAGUCAGACCCCAUGUCUUGAGUCUUCUGUGGGCUCAUUCCUGCGUGGUUCUGGCCUGUGCAAAUGACUCCUGUGUAGACCCAGCGCAUGCAUGAAAGACGGGCCUGGAGGUGCAAACCCCGCAAUCUGGCCGCCCAGUGACGGUUUGCAUGUGUGUCCGCUGCGGAGUCUAAACCACAUGAAAGCAGUUGCUUGGUGGUUUUCAUGGCUGCCGUGGCCUCCUGAGAAUUGAAGGCUGAAGGGCAGGACACAAUAUGUGCAUCUUGGUAGCUGGAGCGAUUCAAAGACCCGUCUCCUGAGAGGCGCUUCUAAAACUCAAGUAGAAAAGCAAGCGUGUCAAAUCAACCUGCUUUAUCCAUCGGAAAUAACAGAAAUACGGCUGGACUCCAAAAGCUGAACCGGCCUGUGGCUUCCUAUAAAAACUUGAUGCGAAAUUCUUAAUCUCCAGUAAAUGAUAAAGAGAGGGAGCCUCAUUGGGUAGCGUACUCUGUAUCCCCAGUUGAGCAUCUUUCACUCCUGGCGGAUUCAUCCUUAGAAAAAGAGCCCCAGCUUAGCAUUCUAGGUGACGCAGCUUAGAUUUUGAAUGUUUGCAUAUGUUUUCAUUAUGCCUGUUGAAGUUUGUUUUUUCCUCCCUAGCCUAAAUUACUGUUGCACUCCAUGGGCCCUUGAACAGGCAUGAAGCGGUUUUCGUAAAACUGAAGGCCGGCUUUUUUUCCUUGUUGACUAAAUAUUAUUUUAAGCUUUCUGUGGGGUCGUAAAUGCCCGUACUACAGGUAACAGGGCAUCCUCCUAAGGAUUGUGGAUUUAUCUAUGCAUGACCGUUACCUUAGUUAACUCUUGGAAUAAUAUACUGAUAGUGCCUGGUAGUAUAAAUGGUAGCUAGCAAAUUAAUUUUGGAGGGGCAGUUGGUGCGUUUGAGCUAAGCCAGCUUGGCUGGAACAUGCGUAAAGGUAAGGUGUUCUCUUCAGGUGGCUCCCACAGCGAGCAGGGGGAAUUCACGCCUGACCUUACGCCAUACGCUUUGAAACAGAAACCAAUUUCUGAAUCAUCCCUCCAGAAAAAAAAGAGAGCAAUACUGAGAAGCAGCUUCUCAGGAGCUGGCGCACAGGUUGGCAUGGGUGUAUCGACUGACGGUAGACCUGUGUUAUCCUGUUGCUCAGAUUAAGAGCAUGGUGCGUAGCCCCUUCCUGGGGGGCUACACAAUAUCUCCUGUCUUCCUCCCCCUUUGAAGCUGGCUUCUACCAUGGAAGCCAGCGAGAAGCCGUCGUGGGCCAGGAGGGCUCCGAGUUUGUGGGUCUGUGCCCAGUCUCUGGCAGAGCCCAGGUCCUGAAUAUGGUCCUGUCAAGAGCAAGAUUUAUAUUAGCAAAGAGAGAUUCUGGCAAAAGGAGGCCAAGUAUCGGUUGCCGGAGGUGGCACACAAUUUGCCCCUCUUGUGGCUGUUUGGCAAGUUUGAAGUCUUUCUCUGGUGACAAGAGUUCAGGCAGCAAAGCCUGGCUUUUGGGAAGAGGGCUGAAUUCCUCUGUUGCCUUUGGCUUGCUUCUCCGCACUUAAACUCCAGAUUUCUAACAUGUGCUCAUUCGUGUAUCGGGCCCAAACUGUUGCCAAGUGUGGCAAAUAUUUAAAAGCAUGCCAAAGGCAAAGCACCUUCAGAUCAGCCACAGCUCGAUCACAUAAGCCAAUCAAGAAUUGGGGUGUCUGGAGUUUUCUGGAGGGAUAAAAGGCCAUGAUCCACUGGAAACCCUCUUGCAAGGCUCCAAAUUGAUGCCAGUGAGGGUUCCUGGUGGAUUGUGCCAAAGCCGAUGGGUGGAGAGGGUGUUAAGCAACUCCCCCCCCCAAUCAACAUAGUUUAGCACAAACCCCAAUUGCUCCUCUCUAGCUUAGAUUGUCUAAUGAUCUGCAAAAGCCAUAUAUAGAGAUAACCGCGUUUGCUACGCAGCUUCUCGGAAGAUGAGGCAAACGCAACGUGGAUGCGUUGCCUCACCUUCUUCGUGGAUUAUGAUCGUAGAUUUUUAAGUGCAAUUGUUAUUAAAAUAGGUGAAGAGAUUGUAGCUUACUUAGCUCUGCUGAACUCUGAAAUUUACAAAACAGAAGCCUGGGCAGAUCCCAAAGAGCAGAUCCUCCGGCGGCUGGUUCUAACCAUUGCCUUUUUCAGCCAUGAGAGCUGCUUUUACAAGAGACUCACCAGGCUGCCCCGAGAAUUUGCUUCAGGGCAAUCCCAUGCCUCGCAGCUGUAGACUUGGCAACAGCAUUUUAUGGGACAAUGUGGCAAGCAGCAUCCGGCACACACAACUUCCUCUGUGCCACCGCGUGCCAUCCAGACCUUUUGGCUGGGGCUGGCGGAAGUUGGGAUCCCACAGCACGCGGAGGCCUCAAACCAGGAAGACCUUCUGGAGAUCUUCCUCCUUGGCUGCCUCUAGCGGUGUGCAGAAAUUAGGCUGAGCCUCUGCAUUCGAAGAGCAUCCUGGUUUGGCGAUAUCCGCUGUGUCGAAUGAUUUCUGUAGCAGCCACAGAAGAUGUGCUGGCCUUAAAUGGGCAUAUCCCUUUUGGGCAGCCAUCAAUGAGGCACCAGGAACGCUCUUGAGAGCAAUCCUCACUUUAAGGUCAGGCACCUCAUUUCAGUGCAGUUCAGUCCCUCUGCGCAGGCAGGGAGGCUGCCUCAGCCGGUGAGGAGGACCGCAGGGCGGACAGUGAGGAGGAGGAGGCUGCUGGGUUUGUUUCGCCCCUCCGUUUUAUUCCAGGGGCACCAAAUGGGCUGUUUGGGGCAUUGGCACAGGGCCAUGCCCUAGGCUCCAUCCCAUGACUUGCCAACGGCUGUUGGGCAAGCUUCCAAAGGGGCGCUUUCUGCAGUUGGACCCCUAAGCUGUGGGGACCAAGCAAGAAUGGGCAGGGUGUGUGAGUCUAGAAUCCCCCGCCCAUCCCAGUGGGGCUGCACAGACAAGUCAGAGUUUUAGCAGAACAGAGGCAUGGUAGAGAGAGACAUAUAUAUAUAUCUCUAUAUGUAUACGCUGUACUGCAUGCUAAGUAAGAACAAUACACCUGUAAUAACUACAAAGGCCUUUCACCAUUCUGGUACUGCAAUGACUUCUAUUUUGGUAUUGACGAAAUUUUCUCGAUUACCUCAAUUUCCUUAACGUUCAGCUGUGAUUUUGUUUUUAAAAGAAAUUAAAAGGGGGUGGGGAGUGUUGGGGGAGGGGACAAAAUAGCCAAAAUAUCGAAACUGUGACACUGGGAUCCUGUUCAAGACAUAUCAGUGCCUUGCUUUACGGCACCGCCGCCGACGCGGCACAAAUUUUUCAAGCGGGCGGGCGCCGUUGGUUCCUGCUGCUCGCUCCCUCUUUUGAAGGGAAGAAGAAAAAACCAUUUUGGUGAAAGGACUCUCCACCUAGCGGAGAAUAUUUAGCACACAUGGUUAAGUUGUUCGGGUUUGUUGUGUCUUCUUUUUUAAAAAAGAAAACUCUUUGAGGACUGAAAACGAUUGAAAUACUUGAUUCUGCCGGCAUGUUUAAGACAAUUCUAUUUAGGGAAUUGCUUCAAUAACCCGGCAGCAUUUUUAUAAAGGGGUGGGUUGGGGAGCUAACUCGUUUGUUUGUUUUUUUACAAGGGGGGGGCGGGACUUGCAUCGCCGAAUAAAAUAAUCUAGUUUUGAAAUGUUUCAAGCUACUGUAAAACGCAGAGCACCGUUCUAGUUGCAACUAUUCAAAGUGCCAUUAACACUGUUCUUGCACUGCGGCCGUUUGCGGUGAAAAAAAGAAAAGGAAAAGAAAACGGCGGCAGUGCCAAGAGUCGGAGCUUUCCUUGUGUAUGUGUGUUUUUCUCGUGGAAAUGCACAAAUCGAGUCCUCAAGGGGUUUCUCUCUGCUUUUGCUGACCUUCCCAUUAGCAGCCUGUGUGGUUUCAUAUCACCUGAGAAUGAGUGUGGUCAGAAAUCGCUGAAGUUAUAUUGUGGGCGGGGAGGGAGGGGAGGGGUUGCAACAAACUUUGGGAAAGCGAGGGGGUACAUUUGCAAUUCAGACUCUGUGCUGCUAGGGGCGCGUGUUGCGGUGAGACAAGGGGCUGCCGCUGAAAAUGGCAGCCGCCCUCCUGCAGCGACAGAGGGGCGCGAGAUCUAGAUUUUGCAGGGAGCCCUGCAUGUGAUUGGGGUUUUUGCAUAUGCAGAAUCUACUUCUCCCGUCAGCUAGGGAUCCUGGGCGCGGUGCUCCUGCACAAGUCCGCCUUUCAUCCCAGUGGGACUUUUGCGAUUCUGUCCCUCUGGAUCCUCUGCAGACGCCGAAACGCGACAGUGUCGGCCUGGGACGCCCGAGUCAGCAGCACAGACCCAGUUUGUGCGCUGAAAGUGUUCCCCGUGUUCUUUUUUCUCUUUUGAGAUCAUUUUUUUUCUCUCACUCCUGAAUUUUGCACAGCUAAUAAGCUCCGGAAUACCGUUUCGGGUAUCCUCAAAAGGGAAAAUUGUAACUAGCAUAGCGAGGGAAGGUAAAAACGUAAACUGUGAGUUGUUAGAACUGCGUUGCUAAAUCUAAUUUUAGAUGUACCUCAGAAAACUAGUAAGAAACUGCUUUGUCCUUUUACCUAGUUGUGAAAGACUCGCAUAACAAAUUCUUCUUUUUUUUUUUUACCAGGUGCCAAAAUUAAUUUUUCAUACUAGUUUUCAACCCGUUAAUAUUUGCAACGUUCAGUAAAAUGUUAUUUUUACAAACUCUACUGUAACUUCAGUUAAACUGAAAUGAGUGAAUGAAGCUUUUUUGCUUAUUUGUAUUUAUUACACUACUUGAUUCAGUAAAUAUAUAAAAGUACCUUUCCCUUUAUUUUUGUAUUGUUUUACACGUUUAUACCUGCUGUUUGUGAUUAUUAUUUUUUACACUUGUAACUUGGAUGCGAUUCUAAAAAAAGCCCAAUAAAUUAUAUCCAUCAGUUCUAUCCGUU